AUGCGCCUUGCUGCUCUCCGAGCGGACUCUGCAGCAGAUGUGGAGGCUCUCAACUUUCCAGAAUUCCUUCUCAGCGUCGGGGAAGGCAGACUUCAAGGCGAACAGCGCCCGGAAUGGAUCUCACUACCACAGUCCGUUGCGUUCGAGCACACCAUCCGCAAUUUAUGCCUCAAGGUCUUCCAAGGCAUUCGAGACAAUCACGCCGACCCUGCCUGGCUCACCAAGCGCGUUAUACUCACCACAAAGAACAGGCCGCUCGAGGAAGUCAACGAGGUCAUCGGCAACAUGAUUCCGGGAUCGUAUCGAACGUAUUUGAGCGCAGACAAGGUCGACAACGAGGACACCAACGCGCUGAUCUAUCCCACAGAAAUGCUCAACACCUUGACCGCCGGAUCUGCUCUACCAGACCACAAGCUCAAGCUCAAGAAAGGCUUCAUCGUCAUGCUUCUGCGCAAUCUCGAUCCCGCUACCGGUCACGUCAACGGCGCGCGAUAUGUCAUCCAGAACAUGACCAACAACCUGCUCUUUCUACACGUUACCACCGGUUCACACCAAGGCAACAGACUGUGUCUUCCUCGAAUGCCCUGCGGACCAGGAGACGACAACUUUCCCAUCCCUGGCUUCACCCGAACGCAGUUCCCCAUUCGCACGUGCUUCGCCCUUACAACGAACAAAGCGCAAGGCCAAUCCUUCGGUGGCCGCAUUGGUCUCGACUUACGAGAUCACUGCUUCUCGCACGGUCAACUCUAUGUCGCACUAUCAAGGACUACUCACCCAGGCAACGUCACUGUCCUCACUCGAGAGUCCAAUGAAACCACGCGAAACGUAGUGUACCCCGAGGUCCUUCAGUAG